CUUUAAUCAAAACCAGUAAAUUGAUGUCACAAAUUCAAUCGUGUCUUUGUUUCAUUAUCCAAUGAAAUCUAACUAACUAACUAACUAAAAAUGGAUGCUGAAAAUCGAGUAAUUUUAAAUGUUGGCGGAAUUCGUCAUGAAACUUACAAAGCAACAUUGAAAAAAAUACCAGCUACACGUUUGUCAAAAUUAACUGAAGCAUUAGCUAAUUACGAUCCAAUAUUGAAUGAAUAUUUUUAUGACCGUCAUCCGGGUGUAUUUUCACAAAUUUUAAAUUAUUAUCGUACUGGCAAAUUACAUUAUCCUGUUGAUGUAUGUGGACCAUUGUUUGAAGAAGAAUUAGAAUUUUGGGGUUUAGAUGCGAAUCAAGUGGAACCAUGUUGUUGGAUGACAUAUACAGCACAUCGUGAUACACAAGCUACGCUACAAAUUUUAGAUAAAGUUGACAUGGACAAUGAUGAUUAUACACCGGAAACUUUAUAUAAACGUUUCGGUUUAGAAGAUGAAUACACAUGUAAUGAAUUGAAUACUUGGCAAAAAUAUCGACCAAAAGUAUGGGCAUUAUUUGAAUUGCCACAUUCAUCGAUUGGAGCUAAAUUUAUCGCACUGUUAUCUGUCACAUGUAUAAUUCUUUCAAUAUUAGCUUAUUGUAUGGAUACAUCACCUAUAUUCUCUACACCAUCAAUUCGUACAGAAUUGAUAAAUGAGACAGACACUGCCGAUACAACUACUAACACUUUUAUCAGUAGUAUGCCGCCGCCAAAUGAUCAAAUUCAUGUCAUGACACCAUCACCGAAUCAUCAUCAUAUAACUUAUUCAUCAAAACAAUAUACAAAUAAUAAAUCGUAUACAUUUUUAAAAAAAAAUUAUUCCAUUUAUCAUCAGGAUUAUUCAAUUUUUGUUAAAAAUAAAAAUAAUUUACAAAAGAAAAAUAUUAUAUUUAUGUACAUUGAAUCAAUAUGUAAUUUAUGGUUUACAUUGGAAUUAUUAAUACGUUUCAUUGUUUCAAUGGAUCAUAAAGAGUUUGUGAAAAAUUUAAUUAAUCUUAUUGAUAUUGCAGCAUUGUUAAGUUUUUAUACAGAGACAUUUUUAUUAUACUACUAUUAUUAUUAUUAUACUGAUGAAGAAGAUCAUUAUGACAAUGUGAUCAAUUUCUCAUUUAUUUCGAUUAUAGAAUUUUUCAGUAUAUUACGUGUUAUGCGUCUAUUCAAAUUGACACGACAUAUAUCUGGUUUGAAAAUUUUAAUUUUAACAUUUAAAGCCAGCGCGAAGGAAUUUUCUUUGUUGAUAUUUUUUUUGGCUGUAUUUAUUGUAUUGUUUGCGGCAUUGAUUUAUUAUGCAGAACGGUUAAGUACCAACACGAGGAAUGAUUUCACGUCGAUACCGAUUGGUUUAUGGUGGGCUAUUGUAACAAUGACUACAGUUGGAUAUGGUGAUAUGGUGCCUAGAUCAUAUGCUGGUAUGAUUGUUGGUGCAAUGUGUGCUGUAACCGGAGUUCUAACAAUUUCCUUGCCAGUCCCAGUAAUUGUAUCCAAUUUCUCAAUGUUUUAUUCACAUACAUUGGCCCGAUCGAAAUUGCCGAAAAAAAGACGACGUAUAUUACCAGUGGAAGCAAUACGACCGAAACAUAAAACUAAUUUAAUUGGAGGCGGCAUUGGACAUGGAUUGAUGCGUCAAAGUUACGGUUAUACCAAUGAUACAAUUAAUUUGAAUAAUUUAGCCAAAGGUAUCAUACCUCAUAUUUCACAACCUAUUGCUAAAGCGAAAAAUACAGAUAGUUUUUCACAUCUCAAAGAAAAUUAUCCAAAUCGACCUAAAGUUUCUAAUCAAAAUGAAUUCCCAGUUAAUGAACAGUAUAAAAGUACCCUUGGAAUACAUGCUAGACGUGCAGCAGUAAUUCAGGUAUCCAAUUUAUCUUUAGAAAAACUUGACGACAAUGAUAAUGACUGCAAUUCACUUGAUGAUAACUUAUCUCGCAGACAAUCAACAGAGAUAUUACGAAAAAGUUCUAUAACUAACUCAAAUCAACAUCACAAUAAUUCAAAACGUUCGUCACUACGAACAAUCGAAAAUUAUCGUCGUAAAUCAAGUCAUUUAUCAAAUUCUAUAGAAAAUCAUCAACUUCCAAAAAAUCUUCAUCUUUAUGAUGAUGACCAACAAGAACAACAAUUUGAUGCAUUGAUCACUAAUCAUCAUAAUCAUAGAAUAAAUUUGUGUAGUUCAUGCAAUUCCAGAUUAUUUCCUCAAUCACCGUCAAUGUUUGAAGAACAAUUCAAUACUGUACAAAAUAUCAAUACGGAUAACAGUCAGAAUAUUGAACAUCGGACAACAUACAAUAUGCAGACGUUUACGGAUAUUGAUAAUGUACAUUCAUUGCCAAGUCCAUGGUUAUCGCCUACAUCACCUGUAUCCAUUGGACAAAACUAUGAACAAGAUGAUGUGACAUGUUAAACAAGACAAAAUUGUGGAAAUUUUUGAAAAAAAACACAAACAAAUAGGAAAUAGACAGAAAACAAUUAAAAAUUGAUCAUUGAGCAUGAAAAACAGAAUAGAAGUAGCCUUUUUAAUUCGAUAUGAUUUAUUUAU